AUGGAAAGUGAAUUGAAUGUAAAAAAAAGAGAUAGAUCGAUUAAUUUUUCUGCAGCAGAAACUCGCUGUUUGAUUGAAAUUUGUGUCAAAUUUAAAUCAGUUAUUGAAAAUAAAAAAACUGAUGCGGUUACAAACCGCGAUAAGGAAGCCGCAUGGAUUGAAAUUGAAAAUAUGUUCAAUGCAAUAAGUGGUACUGCAGCAAGAAAUAAGAAAGCUCUAAAAUUAAAAUAUGAGGGGCUAAAAAAAUCAACCAAAAAGAAAAUGGCUUUAAACCGUCAACAACUUUACAAAACUGGUGGGGGAGCACAAGACCAAAUCCCUUAUACCCCAAUAGAAGAGAUAAUUCUUGGAAUGUCCUCGAACAUCGGAGGUUUGGAAUCUCGAAAUGACAGCGAUGAGGUUACAGGUUUCGUUUUGUCAGAAUUGGAUGAAGGGACUAUUAUAAUUAAAGAUAUAACCGAAGAAAUCGAAGAUCAAAGUUCCUUGAAAAAUGAUCCAAUUUCUCCUGAAAAUGCUGUACAUGCUUUUGCGGAUGAUGUUGAUUUUGAGAAGGAAUAUUCUCCAGCAGUCAAAAAUUGCAACAGCGAAGACAAAAGCAAUUGGAAGCAAUGGAAUCCAAGUUCACUAAAAAAGAAAGUAUCUCCAUGUCUUCGAAAAAAUACAAAGUUACCAUCGAACGAAAAAAUAAAAUCAAAGUUUGACGCCUUAGGAGAUGCAAGGAUGGAACUGGUGGGAAUUCAAAUUGAAAUCGCAAAAAAUGAAUUGCAACAAAAAAAAACUGAGCACGAAGCCCUUAUGCGUCAACGGGAAAAAGAAAAUGAAGUUAGAAUGCAACAUUUAGAAAACGACGAAAAGAGAAGACAAUCUGAACAUGAGUUAAGAAUUAAAAAACUGAAGGAAAAAAAUUAA